AUGACGACAACAUUUACGUACCUCAUUUCCAUUCUCAUUCUUAGUUUUGUAAUGAAAGGGUCCAGUUAUUGUAACUUGAACAACAUCAACAUUGAAUCAACAAGAAGUGGGAGAACAAUACUAGGAAAGCCUGAGUGGAAUGUAGUUGUGAAAAACAACUGUAAUUGCACACAAAGCCAAAUAAGGUUGUCGUGCCGAGGGUUUCAGACAACAGAAAUUGUUAGUCGAUCAAUUCUUGCUGUUGAAGGGGACUCUUGCCUCCUUAUCAAUGGCAAUCCUUUGAAGGGUUUUGCUACUGUUAGCUUCUCCUAUGCUUGGGAUCCUCCUUUUAUACUCAUGCCUCUCACUUCUCAUACUACUUGCUCAUAA